ACAUAGCCACUAUAAACUAAUUUCCCAAGACACAACGAUUUUGAUUGGCUAAAAAAGUAGAUAAGAGUUACUUCCCUUUACGGUCGCUAUGCGACUUGAAAGACCGAUUUAGAAAGUGAGUUGCAGAUUCUGGGAAAAAUGGAUGCUGCGAGCGAAAAUGGAAAGUCGAAGCAACAGAAAUUAACACAAUUCUUUAGAAAAGAAAGCGGACAGAAUAAUGUAAACUCAGGAAAUGACCAAAUGUUAGGUUCGCGAUCGGAGGACGUCUAAAAUAGUGCAGAUGUGAAUGCAGAAUCAGAAACGUCUAUACCUGUCAAGGUUCACGGUUUCGUCAUGCUCCCAGGAUGGAGGUGUUGAACAAGCUGAAGAACGCAGUCUCAAGUGCCCUGCCUGGAAAUCCACUCUCCAAAGAUUUUGAGGUGUAUGGUUUGAUAGCCACUGCCGGGCCCGGCCACUUCUGGAAGAUAUAUAACGCCACCAAGAGGACUACUAAGCAGGAUGCAGCCGUGUUUGUAUUUGAAAAGAAAACUUUGGACAAGUAUUCCAAAAGGGACAGAGAAUUCAUCAUAGAGGCGUUGAAGAAGGGAGCCUCUCAGCUCACCCGGCUGAGGCAUCCCAAGAUCCUGUCUGUCAUCCAGCCCCUAGAGGAAUCCAGAGAAACUCUAGCAUUUGCAACAGAACCGGUUUUCGCCAGUUUGUACAAUCUCCUUGGUAACAAUGAGUACCUCCCAGAGCCAGUUGCUAAGCAAAUAACAGAUCACAAAAUGUUUGAGAUGGAGAUCAAAUUUGGGCUAUUGCAAUUGACUGAAGGCCUACAGUUCCUACACACUGGGGUUAAGCUAUUGCACAACAAUCUGUGUCCUGACAGCAUCAUUGUCAACAAGAGCGGCUCAUGGAAACUUGCAGGCUUUGAUUUCUGUGUCCCAAACUCUAAUGCAGCAGAUCAAUCGCCUAUGUUUGCAUUCAGACCAUGGGAGAUAGACGUACAUGCGUAUGCCCAGCCGUGUCUGGACUACUUGGCCCCAGAAUACGUGCUUACCGAGUCAUGCAGCCUCGCCAGUGACAUGUUCUCAAUGGGGGUGCUGAUAUAUGCCAUGUUCAAUAGCGGAAAGCCGCUAUAUGAUUGCAGCAAUCAACUGAGCGUGUUCAGGAAAAACGCUGAAGAGAUGCGUAAGUGGCAUGGGUCGCUGCUGGGCAAGCUACCAGAGGGCCUCCAGGACAUCGUGAAGCUGCUGCUCAACCCAGAGCCCACAGUGAGACCUGACCCUGACCAGUUAGCCAAGAUCCACUUCUUUGAAGAUGUUGGCUGUAUGACGUUGCAGUAUAUGGACUCCUUGUUCCAACAAGACAAUAUGCAAAAGUCUAAAUUCUUCAAGGGUCUACCGAAAAUCAUUGUUAAAUUUCCAAAGAGGGUAAAUCUUCAAAGAAUCCUGCCAUCCCUGCUGAAGGAAUGUGUGAACCCUGACAUGGUGCCAUUUGUUCUGCCCAACAUUCUCCAGAUUGCUGACCAAGCAUCAGAGCCUGAAUAUGUUUCCCUGAUCCUUCCAGACCUUUUACCGCUGUUCAAACUGACCUCUCCUAUCCAGAUACUGCUGCUCUUCAUGCAAAACAUGAGUCUUCUGCUGAAGAAGACGCCAUCAGCAGACAUCAAGACCCAUGUUAUGCCAAUGAUACAUCGAGCCCUCGAGUCUGAUACUCCACAGAUACAGGACCUUUGUUUAGAAAUCGUCCCAACGUUUGCAGACCUAGUUGAUUACACUGCCUUGAAGAAUUCCAUCGUUCCAAGAAUAAAAAAGCUGUGCCUGGGAACCUCUACAAUUGGAGUGCGUGUUAACUGCCUGCUGUGCCUGGGCAAGCUGCUGGAGACCAUGGACCGCUGGUACGUCCUGGAUGAGGUGCUGCCCUUGCUCCCUCAGAUCCCUUCAAGGGAACCGGCUGUUCUCAUGAGCAUCCUAGGUAUAUACAAGGUGGCGUUCAGUCACAGCAAGCUGGGCAUCACAAAGGACAUGCUUGCGGGCAAGGUUAUCCCGUUCCUGGUAUCUGUGUCCAUUGACAACAACCUCAAUCUUGCUCAGUUCAAAGCCUACAUCAGCCUGGUGAAGGAGAUGGUACAGAAGGUGGAGACUGAGCACCACAGCAAGCUGGAACAGUUAGAGCAGAUGAAGCAGGAACAGAGGUCUCUGGAAAUCACAAAGAUAGCCAACUCUGAUGACAAAACUCUGAUCGGGAAAAUGGAAGAUGACAGGCCAAAGUCUAUGAUGGAUGAAUACCUGUCAGGUGUGGGCGAGUCUAGACUAUCUGUGGGAGGCAAACUGUCAGCAACAAGUCCUGCCUCCUCACCCUCAAAACAGGCAGCCAGUCAGGCCCCUAAAACACUAUCAUUAGAAGAGAAGCAAAAAUUGGCCAAACAACAAGAGCAGCAGCGAAUGAUGAAGGCCACUAAACCACUGGAAGCGAAGUCUUCAUUGGGGAAGACUGGUACACUUUCACAAGGACCCAAGGAUUUGACAUCUAGUCUUCUGCAAUCUAAUUUGAGUAAUACACCCACAAAACAAACAUUGAAUAGCUCCCUAAGUGGAAAUCCCGUUUCAGCAUUUUCUAGUAGUUCUAUGAAUUCCGCCUCGCCGUUUCUGUCCUCAAAUUCCUUGACAAGUUCUUCUCAAUCAGGCUUCAAUACCAAUGCUUCAACAGGAAAUCUAGGUCAGCAGAAGAAAGUUGACCUUUCAUCCUUUGACACUUUACUAUCAAAUGGUUCACCUAAGCCAAAAAAUUCAAUGAAUGAAUUUGCUCAAAUAAGAACUUCAACGCCUAAUAGUGGAUCAUUGUUGGGUCGGGGAAUGGGAAAUGGGCCAAACAUGAUGGGAACCAAUCAAGGCAUGAUGGGAACCAAUCAAGGCAUGGUGGGAAUCAAUCAAGGUAUGAUGGGAACCAAUCAGAAUAUGAUAGGAACCAAUAGAGGCAUGAUGGGAACGAACCAAGGCAUGAUAGGUAAUAUGAGCAUGAAUGCUUCAGGCAUGAUGGGAAAUCAGCAUUUCCCCAGUCAACAGAGCAUGAUGGGGCAAAGCAUGCAAACAGGUAACAUGACACCUGGGUUUGGAGGGCAGCAAUUGGUCAGUGGUGGAUAUCCUCAACCAAUGAAUUCAGGUUUUGGCCAUGGUGGAUCUGGUUUUCAAGGACAGAUGUUUCAGACCCCAGGUAUAGGUGGGCAAAUGAUGCAGCCUCAGUCCAUGACUGGCCAAAGUUUGAUGUCAAACACUUCUUCUACAUCCAGGAGUUCACUUGAUGACCUUCUUGGCUAGAUUGAAUGACUUUCAGAGAUUAGUUAGUUAGAUUAGGUUAGUUUGCCAUUCAUCAAUUAUAGAAAUGCACAGAAAAUGGACAGAAUAAUAUCAAUUUAAGAAGCCAACUAGAUAUUAUGUUUGAGGUAUUUGAACAUAUGUUUGGGAAAAAAAUCAUAUCAAGAUGGCGUCCAAAUUUGUUGUUGUUGAUGAUUUCCUAGGGGUGAUGUAUGCAUUAUUAUGUGGAAUGACCUCGUGUAAAACGAUGUGUUUUCUGUAAAAGAUAACUGUACAUUCCAUACCCUUAAGUGCUCAUUGUUGUGCAAAUAUUUUGUAUUAAAAACAGGAGAUCGUUGGGACACACAUAUCUGUAAAAGUACCAGCAGUGACAAAAGUACCAGCAGUGACAUUUAACGGAUAUAUGAUUAUGUCUGUUUCAUCAAAGCUGAAGAGAUAAUACUUUUAAACAACGGGCAAGCAAUUGUUAGGUUCAAAAGAUACAUAUUUUUGUAAUGCAAAUGUACACAGGGCUUACUCUGCCAAUCGCCAAAUUAGCCAAUGGCUACAAAUUGACUUAUUUGGUUUAGAAAAUUCUAUUUGGCUACAACUUUUUCUUCAUUAAUACUUAUAAAAUAGCCCAAAAUAGAAAAAUUUCGCCAUAGCAAAGCCAACCUGGCUUAAGAAAUAUUUGAGCCAGGGGAAGCCCGGUGUACAUUAAAUAAGGAGUCAUCUCUUGUUACAGAGAAAAAAAGAACUUAUUUCUUUUAUUAAAAUAGCCAUAUUAAUUGCUUAUGUUGUAUCCAAACACUGCCUGCAGCAUUGUUCAUGUUAUAUGUUUCAAUACAAUUUCAGACAUAUGACCGUCUUAACAUAUGAAAUGCCCUGCAAUCCAAUUUUAGUCAGACAAACAAGUGCCCUCCCAGAUGUUUGUGUACCUGAUAAUUUGCAAGCCUAGACAGGGCACUCAAAAGUUGUCAGCACUAGAAUAGACAUCUUACUAAGGCCAGGAUAAUGAGAUAAUUAAUUAAUUGUUUAAUAUUCCUUAAAAUGACAGAUUGUCACAAUGAGUAUGUUAAUAAAAUAUAUAGAUUCAUUUAAUUGUAGUCAAUUAGUUUUUGUAUCUGUUUUCAAACUGUACAAUCAUAAUCCAGGAAAACAUGCAUUUUGGGAGGAUAGUAUCUGUGGUAUCAUUUGUUUGGGAGAGCUUUCUCUAGGCUGUCAUAUGUUUAGGAGGUCAUGUUCUCGGGUGGUUUAUGUUCAAGAGGGCAAAUUAUAAGGGUGGCAAGAGUUCAGGAGGGCAAAUAUCCAGGAUGGUGUAUGUUUAUGAGGGGAAAUGUUUGGUUUGAAUGCGUCUAGGAAGCAAAUGUCUAGGGUGGUGAAAGUCAGGAAGGACAAAUGACUGCAUAUGAGUAAGUUAUUUGGGAGAGCUCAUGUCUUUGGAUGUCAUAUAUGAUGUCAUAUAUUGUUAAAGCUUUAUAACACUUAUAAUGCACCCUUCUAAGAAGCAGGGGUAAAGUUAUUUGCAUUUGUCCAUCAUUUUGAUGGUCAGUCUGUAUACCUUUUGUUUUUAAGAGUCAUACCUUGAGAAAACUCUUACCUUCAACCAUACAAAUUAAAAUAAUGAUUUCUUGGGUCAAAAGGAAGAACUCUAUUGAUUUUCGAGUCAAGGGCCAAUGUCAAACGGGCUUGUAAAUUUGUUUUGCUUGCUAUCUUGGGAAUGCUUUGAUAAAAAAUCAAGCAAGUUGGUGAAGUAGCAUUGUUUUUUAAGAUAGGAAUUCAGAAGUUACCAGAUCAAAGGUCAAGGUCACAUUGGCUUGUAACAGGAAGUUAAUUGUGGCACUUCAUUAUGAGAAAUUCGAACCAAUAAUCAUACCGUUAGGUAUUGUGUUCUCAUUUGGUUAAAGAUGACUCAUUUUGAAUUUCAGCUCGCUUGCCAAAAGGGUAGGUCACAUAUGCUUGUAUGUAGAAAUCGGUGUCUGCAUAUUGAAAGCUUUGACCUCAAAUCAUCUUAAUUGGUAUGCAGUUUAGUUAUGAAGACAGACUGACGUCUUUUUAUCAAGAGUUGAAUUCACAGGGACUUUCAACUAAACCUCAGUCUCUACACCAUGUUUUGGGAACCUUUUUAACAAAUCAUGCAUAUUGGUAGUGGUAACUUGAGUGCAAAAGAAGAUACCUACCUUAUUUGAGGUCAAAGGUCAAGGUCACAGGAGCUUCUGACAUGAUCAUUGUUUACGCACUAUAUCUAGAGAAUUCUCUUGGUCAUAUAAUUUAGUAUGCUCAUUAGUAUUAAUGAAGGAUAAACCCUUAUGGUUAUGAUAAACCUCUAAUGAUUAAAGGUGAAGGUUACAGGGAAAACUUUGCUCUAAGUUUGGGCAAUCCUUUACAAACAUGUUAUUUGUAGAUUAUCAUUGAAGCUUGUGUGCAAUAUAGUGCAUAAAAUGGAAAGUGUUGUAUGUGAGUUAUUCAUCAGAAGUUCAUCUUGAAAUGUCAGACUUAUACUAGGAAUGUGUUCAUACUUAAUCAUUUCUUGUUCACCAUGGCACAGGUGAUAUGGAAGCAUGAAUAAAAUAAUAUAAUAAAUCUGUAAAUGCAUAUAAAUGAAGACAACCUUAUGUUGAAAAUUUAAUCAAAUGGUUUUUAUAGUGAUACGGAUAAUUAUAGCAUGGAUGCUGUAACAUGACACUGACAUUGAAAGAUUAUUAUUAUUUAUAGUAAUAACAUGACCCAAUAAAUAUAGAUUAACAACUUUAAAAUAAAUACAUUUAGGUAGGGCCUAUAGUUUUUUGUUUUAAGUUUUUCGUAUGAACAAGCUGGAAUAAAGUGGUCUAUUAAGCAUAAUGCAUUUAUGUCGCUGAUUAAGAAAGUAAGUUACAGAAUACAGUUUGUAUGAGUAAAUGUUACAGUAUACUUCAUAAUUGAGAUACACAACGCUUUACUCUUAAAAAGCAUCAACUCAAUUUACUGAUAGACCUGUUUUCAGUUAAGGACACUCAUAGUUAUUCUUGUCUCUACCUGUGUGCAGGGAAAGCAUUGCUGUUCACUUUUAUAUUUCACUGUUGUUUUUUUAUUUCUUAAAUGCAUAAAGCUUAAAAUGGUCUUUAAGAAAAUGAAUAAUGAUUUGGGCUACCUGGGGUGCAAAAAUAUUGACCUUUUUGACUAAAGUUGAAGGUUUAAUAUAUUGUGCCCUAAAUGAUGUUAUAUCAAGUUCAUUUUAGGUCCAUAUGAAUGUUUCUGAGCAGGUAUAUUGGUACAUUUGCACACAAGCAUGUUCUGCAUAUAGCCCUUGUUUGCUUUUACUUUAUUUCUUUUCAAAAUAUGUUUGCACUCAUGCUAGUGAAAUACCAGACUCGUUUUUUGUAGAGUUUUUAUAUAUUUGUUUUGUUGAACAUAUUGAAUGCAACUUAAUAAUGUGUAUUAUCCUGUCACAUGCCUUUAAAUCAGCCCGAUAACCAGGUAACCUAAUAUCCCAAAAGAUAUUAGGCUAGAUGACCACGUGACCUCGAAUAUCCGUCACUUGCUAUCCGCGCAUGCGCAUGCAACUACUAUUUUCUAUUAAUAAAAUAUACUUUUUUUCUAUUCAUAAAAUACCAAAUACAUGUAAAGAACUGUUUGUUUAAACAUUAUUAUUGAAACAGCAUAAUUUCGUCUUUGUGUAUUGAAUUAAUAACAAGUAACUCGAUUUCUGUGUGUCUUAACAAGAUGGAAGCUAGCCUAAGCGCUUUGCCUGACGUGACGUCACCAUGUUUUUUUUCGCGCGUGAUGUUUACCAUAUUAAAUAUUUAAACACAAAAUACUCGAAAACUAGAUAUUUAAGAAACAUUUCAACGAAUGUUGUAAAUGUGACAGGAUAAAUAGAAUAAUAGGUUGGUGACGUGGAUGGAGAAUGGUUAUCUGGCUCAAUGGAGGAUCAUUUCGGGUUCGCCUUCGGCUCACCCGAUAAAUUCCUCCGACUUGCCAGAUAACCAUUCUCCAUCCACGUCAUCAACCUAUUAUUCUCUAAAUCUCCAUUGAGGUGGGCUGUGCAAUACGCAAUUUUGAAUACAACUUUCAGAUUAAAACUGUGUAUAUAAGACAUUUUACUUCUGUUGUGUUUUAGAAUUUUAUAUGUUUAAAAACAUACUUCAAUAAGUAGGAGUUUUUGUUUGUUUAUUGUUAAUUUUGUUGUAAUAAUAUUGUCAGAUCACUUGUUAUUUCUGUAACAUUUUUUAUUAUUGAUGAGAAGAAUGGGUAAAUCAUAGUUUGUUACUUUUAUGUCCCCAGUAGGGUGGCAUGUAGCAGUUGAACUGUCCGUCAGUGUGUCAGUCAGUCUGUCCGUCUGUCCGAAAAAAACUUUAACAUUGGCCAUAACUUUUAGACUAUUGAAGAUAGCAACUUGAUAUUUGGCAUGCAUGUGUAUCUCAUGGAGCUGCACAUUUUGAGUGGUGAAAGGUCAAGGUCAAUGUCAGCCUUCAAGGUCAAAUGUCAAAUUUAUGGCGUCUGUCCAUCCGAAAACUAACAUUGGCCUUAACUUUUUCAAUAUUGAAGAUAGCAACUUGAUAUUUCGCAUGCAUGUGCAUCUCACGGAGCUGCACAUUUUGAGUGGUGAAAGGUGAAGGUCAAGGUCAUCCUUCAAGGUCAAAUGUCUAAUAUAUGGCAUAUGUCUGUCCUUCCAAAAACUUUAACAUUGGCCAUAACUUUUUCACUAUUGAAGAUAGCAACUUUAUUUUUGGCAUGCAUGUGUAUCUCAUGGAGCUGAACAUUUUGAGUGGUGAAAAGUCAAGGUCAUCCUUCAAGGUCAAAUGUCAAAUAUAUGGCGUCUGUCCGUCCAAAAUCUUUAACAUUGGCCAUAACUUUUUCAAUAUUGAAGAUAGCAACUUGAUAUUUGGCACGCAUGUGUAUCUCAUGAAGCUGCACAUUUUGAGUGGUGGAAGUUCAAGGUCAAGGUCAUCCUUCAAGGUCAAAGGUAAAAAAAUAAUAAUAUAAUAAUAAUUUCAAAAUGGCGUUCUCAUGAAGCUGCACAUUUUGAGUGGUGGAAGUUCAAGGUCAUCCUUCAAGGUUAAGGUCAUCCUUCAAGGUCAAAGGUAAAAAAAAAAUCAAAGCGGCGUUAUCAUGAAGCUGCACAUUUUGAGUGGUGGAAGUUCAAGGUCAUCCUCCAAGGUCAAGGUCAUCCUUCAAGGUCAAAGGUAAAAAAAAUAUUUUUUUCAAAGCUGCGUUCUCAUGAACCUGCACAUUUUGAGUGGUGGAAGUUCAAGGUCAAGGUCAUCCUUCAAGGUCAAGGUCAUCCUUCAAGGUAAAAGGUAAAAACAAGAAUAAUUUCAAAGCGGCGUUAUCAUGAAGCUGCACAUUUUGAGUGGUGGAAGUUCAAGGUCAAGGUCUUCCUUCAAGGUCAAGGUCAUCCUUCAAGGUCAAAGGUUAAAAAUAAAAUAAAAAUCAAAGCGGCGUUCUCAUGAAGCUGCACAUUUGGAGUGGUGGAAGUUCAAGGUCAAGGUCAUCCUUCAAGGUCAAAGGUAAAAAAAAAAAUCAAAGCGGCACAAUAGGGGGCAUUGUGUUUCUGACAAACACAUCUCUUCUUUGUUCUACAUUUAGGUUCACAUCUAUAGAAUGUUCUGAAUGUGUUUGUUUUAAAUGUUAUUGAUUUUAUCUAUAUUUAAAUAUAUAUUUAUUGUUAACAUGUUGCUACUUAUAACAACUGUGAUUACAUAUAUUGGGGGAUUUGAACUAAUGUAAUGUUAUGUGAUGGAUAAACCUAAAUUAUGCGAACACAAUCAAGUGUUUUUACUUUCUCUUGUAAUUUGACUAUGGAUUUGUUGGAAGUUGCCUUGUUAAAUUGUUUUGUAAGGAGCAUACUGUGGCAUAAAGAAGAAGAGACCACAAAAACUGUAACUCCCUCACUCAGAAAUCCUUCUCAACUAGAUUGUCUCCUUUGUUUUAUGCAGUGCAUAACAAUGUGAACAAAUCUUUAAAGUAUUUAAGGGAUUUGAAAGAAACUAUUAAGAGAUUCGCAAGGAAAAGCAUGCUACAGGGCACAGAACUAUUUUUGAUUCGUGGAUGUUUUCUCAUUUACAAUGUUAAUAGCUAAUCCUAUUUAAGCUGAGACAAAUAGCAGAUCAUAAAAGAUAUAAAAGUUGUGGUUGAGUCGUGGAUACGGUCAUUUUGAUGAUUAUAUAGCUGUCUUACUCCUAACCAUUUACUGAGGUAUAUAUAUGAAUUGUUCAAUGUUUAAUAAAAAAAAUUUAAGCAUGUUUGGCAACUUUGCUUGUCUGAUAACAAACAAUUAUCCUAAAUUCUGGUGGUAUACUAGAUAACUAGUAUGAGUUUAAAGAAGUUAUAUGCUAAUUUGAAUUUUUAAAUCUGAUUUGCUAAUUAAUUUAGCUUAAAUCAUUUAUUUAACACAUAAAGCUAAAAUGGCAUUUCAAUUGUAUGUUUAUUUUUUAAACAUAACAAAGAAAAGUAUUUAAAUAUGUUAACACAACAAUAAAAGGGUGUUAGUAUGAACAGGAGCAGCAACAAGUGGUGAGACAGACCGAUAUCAUAGCUUCAUAUGUUUUUACUUAGAUAUUUAGUAUUUAACGUGACCUCUGGGGAGGGGAGAAGUGUUACACGCAACAUGUUUUCUUAGGAUGGUUUACAUUUGAGCCCAAUUAUUUCAAAAUCCAUAAAUACAGGAAAAAAUGGCUAAAACAAAACAUUUUUUUACAUGUUUUAUGGCUAAAAUUUGACCUUCAACCUUUAAGUGUGACCUUGACCUCUGAGGAAUGGAGGCAGGUGUUAUGGGCAAGUAUGUUUUUUUUGUCAAAUUUGGUGCUGCAUUGGCUAUAAUCUCAAAAUUAUUAUUGCAAACUAACUGCGUAUAAUUCCCCAUUGAACAUGUCACAACUAAUUAUUAUUGUAAAGUUAUGGCUGAGAAGGGAAGUUUCACACAGAUGGACAGACCCACAGACAGACUAAGUGCUUCUUGAUUAGGGUGGUAUAAUUAAUAAUAAAUCUUAUUAUUAUUAUUUACAAGUAGUUAUGUAUUAAAUCCCCAUUGUUUUUUAUGCCCCCGGAUCGAAAGAUCAGGGGCAUGUUGUUUUUGGCCUGUCUGUCAUUCAUUCAUUGUGUGUGUCCCAAAACUUUAACCUUGGUUAAA